AUUUUUUAAAGAAUUUUUUUUAAAAUUAGUAGUGUGAAGGAAGAAAGAGAACGAUGGAGAGGAAGGCGGCUGUCUUUGUCGGACGUCUGUCACUCUGUCUGUCGUCCGCGGAGUCUCAUCAUCCCGUCCCGUGUCUGUUAGACGCGGAGAACUUCGAGCCGGACGAGCCCAUCAAGAAGGUGGCGGUUUUGGACAGAUGGGAAGGCGAGGACGAGGAGGACAAUGUUAAGGAUAACUGGGAUGAUGAGGAGGAGGAGGAGGAGGGGGAGGAGGAGGAGGAGGAGGAGAAAAAGGUUGAGGAGAAGAAGCCAGAAGUUAAACCUUCAGAUAAGAAAAAAUUAAGUGAAAAGAUCAAAGAAAAAGAAAGUGGACAAAGAAAAAAAAAGGAGGAACUUAGAAAACAGUUGCAGCAGUCGGAGGAGACCACAGAGCUCACACCAGAAGAACAGCUGGCAGAGAAGCUCAGAGUGAAGAAACUGCAGGAGGAGGCUGACCUGGAGCUGGCAAAAGAGGCUUUUGGUGUAACUAACACUGUUCCACGAAUUGAUUCCAUGAGCCCCACAUCUAAGGAUGACUUUACAGAGUUUGAGAGGUUACUAAAGGAGAAGAUAUCUCAAUAUGAAAAGUCUGUGCAUUACACAAGUUUCUUGGAUUCAUUGUUUCGGGAUCUCUGUAUUUCAUUGGAAGUGGACGAGCUGAAGAAGAUCAACCUCUCACUGACAGUGCUACUGAGUGAAAAACAGAAACAGGAAAAGCAGAAUAAGUCAAAGAAGAAGAAAAAGGGUGCAGUUCUAGGAGGAGGUCUAAAGGCCACGAUGAAGGAUGACCUGGGUGACUAUGGGGACUUUGGGGACUACGCGCAAGACUAUGAGGACUUUAUGUGACGACGGCUAUACCUUGACUGCUCUUGUCUCGCUUCCCUGAGCCGCCUCCAAAAUGCAGCGCAAGCUCAUCAUGCUGUCCAGUGCAUUACUGGAAAAACUAAACAUAUUGCUCCCUUUACUCAAAUGCUCAAAGGCUUUGGAGAGAGAGCACCCAGUUUCUGGUUGUGUUUCCUUGUCAAAACAUAGAAUGCCCUUCCACUUUCGGUCAUGUCCUUUGAGACCUUUUGUUUGAAAUUUAUUUUGAAAAUGACCUCACUGGAGUGUAAAUGUGACUACUUUAAAUUAUUAGCAUUAAUUUUCAGAUUCAUUCUUUUAUGGAAAAAAAAAGACCUCUGGCAAAAUAGGUAAACAAUACUUACUCUGGGAACUGCAGUUGUUGGAAUUAAAAUUGAUGUUCUAUGCAAAUUAAUUCAGAAUGUCUACUUUAUGUUUUUUUCUUUUCCCUGGGAUGGAA